CGUCUUGCCCGGGGGGGUUUCAGCGAAGACGGAAGUGGGCACGAGUGAAACAUCUCGAAAGAAGGAAACACUCUUUCAUUGAAAAUUACAAAUAUGUGUUUUUGAAGCGGGGUGCAUAACGUGACAUACGGAAAUUACAAUGUCGCGACGCCUGGGCGCACUGCUCCUUAGACGCUGUUAUCAACGGCUUGUUUUAGAUGUUUCCGUCCAAACUCCGGCUGGUACGGCGCUGACGGAGCAACUUUAUGCCGACGCGACGUUUGAGGAGCGUUAACCGUCCCAGAGUGAUCAGGUGAGGCUGCGAAACACCCGGGCCUCUUUGUGAGUCCGGUGACGGUCGAGCCGUGAAUCCGUCCUACAGACCGUAUGGAGUGCGGCCAUUGGUGCCGCCCCUUGGUGCGCCCGGGGGGAGGAGGAGGCGGGGGCAAGCUGUUGAAUGAAGGCCGUAUUCUGUGUUGACACUUGGUCGAGACAACCUCCGGGACUUCUACAGGCCUUCGUACUUCAUAUUUACCUUGCAUAAACAUAUCCAAUGAAAGAGGAGGAGCCUGCCACCAUUUCUUUACUGAUCGGGGGAUGUUGUGGACCGUGUUUGGGCUGAGAGAGAGAGGACAAUACUGUAAAGAGGCUGAGCGGACGUUUUCACAGGCUAAUGAUCCUUUUUUUUUUUCGCACCCGAGCAAGGAAGCCCAAAGUAAACACAUGGUUUUUGCCCCUGCACAUUGUCCCGGGAAAUACCUUGUUUCUAUAGAAUGAGAAAUUGGCGGUGCUCGCCGAUAGUUUGCAAAACACAGACUUUGCGCCUGACCACUAUGACACAUUUUACAGUUGCACGUAGGGGUCUCGCUGAAGUUGAAGCUCAGACUUGGACUACAACAAGCGGCGUGUAAGGAGGCUCGUCUAGCAGUACAGGACCGAGUGUUGUGUAGCACAUUUUGACGGACACUGAAUCUGUAAUUCAAAUCCGUACUCUUAUGUCAGUGACCUAUAUCUGAUGCGUGUGCGCCAAGAGCCCGCAGUAACCUCUCCACGGGACCAGACAGCAUGGGGAUAAACGGGGUAGACAACCAAGCCGAGCCGUCCAGCGGAGAAUCCCGGACGGAGCAGCAGACUGCCGACCCGGAGAUGGAGCACAGAGAUGCUCCCCGAGACCCGGAGAUGAGCAAGGCUGAGCAGACGCCAGACAGCGAGUGUAAAAUCGCGCAGGAGGACAGCACGGUGCAGCUGAUCGAGGCGGGGUGCAAGCCGCCACUCUCCCCGACUUCUGAGUACCAGUCUGGGGCCCAGAUGCGGGGACCCGGUGCCGGCGUCGUCCCGCCUGAGGGAGGGUUCGGCUGGCUGGUGGUUUUUGCCGCAACCUGGUGCAGUGGAUCGAUCUUCGGGAUCCAGAACUCUUUCGGCAUCCUGCACAUAAUGCUGGAGAAGGAGCACACAGACCCAGAAGACAAGGCGGCUCAGUUCAAAGUGGCCUGGGUGGGGGCUCUGGCGAUGGGCAUGAUCUUCUUCUGUUCGCCAGUUGUCAGCAUGUUCACAGACCACUUUGGCUGCAGGAAGACAGCUGUCAGCGGGGCUACCUUGGCCUUCAUAGGGCUGCUCAGUUCAGCCUUUGCAAACUCCCUUAGCCUUCGCUAUUUCACUUACGGCAUUCUGUUUGGCUGCGGCUCCUCCUUCGCCUUCCAGCCUUCGCUGGUAAUCCUCGGCCACUACUUCCGCCAACGCCUGGGCCUGGCUAAUGGAGUGGUGACGGCCGGUGCCAGCCUCUUCUCCAUGGGCCUCCCGGUUCUCCUCCAGAAAGUGGUGGUACCGCUGGGCCUCAGCAGGACCUUCCAGAUCCUAAGCCUCUUCAUGCUUGUCCAGGCCCUGCUGGCAUUAACCUUCAAACCUUUACUACCUGCUGGAGGAGGCAUGGGACCUCCAGGCAUGGGUCCCAGCCAUGCUGAACCUCAAAAUCAGGUGGCCACUGCCCAGGGGGGGAGCUGGUGGAGCAAGACCCUGGCUCAGGUCAGGAAGUACUUCAACCUGCGUGUGUUUCACAUCAUCACCUACAGAGUGUGGGCAUUCGGAGUUGCCACAGCUGUGCUCGGCUACUUUGUCCCAUAUAUCCAUUUGAUUAACUUCGUCAAGAAGCAGUUCAAGGAGACUCAGAAGGAAUGGGUGCUGCUGGUGUGCAUAGGAGCAUCGUCUGGGGUGGGGCGCCUUGCCUUCGGCAAGAUCGGGGACCUCAUUCCCGGGCUCAAGAAAAUCUACAUGCAGGUGAUAUCCUUCAUUGCUCUGGGCCUGAUGUCCAUGAUGAUUCCUCAGUGCUCAGUGUUUGAGGCGCUGGUGGUGGUUUGUGUGUUCCUGGGGCUGUGUGACGGAUGUUUUCUCACCAUCAUGGCUCCCAUAGCAUUUGAGCUGGUUGGGCCCAUGCAGGCCUCACAGGCCAUAGGCUACCUUCUAGGCCUCAUGGCUAUUCCCAUGACAGCAGGACCACCCAUUGCUGGUCUCCUCCACGAUUACUUUGGGAACUACACGGUGGCCUUCUCUCUGGCCGGGGUGCCUCCAAUGGUCGGGGGUGUGGUGCUUUUCUUUGUCCCCCUGAUACACCACAGGCUUCAGCGAGGCCAGGCAGGGGCAGUUCCAGAAGAGAUGUCCACUACUGCCCACAUGCUGCCCUCUGCCCCGCCAGCAGAGGAGCUCAAGAGCUGCUCCAAUGGAGACAUCCUGCCUGGCUACACCGACGUGGAGACGCACAUUUGAGUAGCACUAUUCAAAGGGAUUCAGCCCACCAGCACCUUUUGCCCACCCUUUGCGUCCCCUUGCCUCGGACCAGAGCCCUACAUGUGGGCCACAGUUUCCAUACAUAGGGCUCUGCUCCAGUCCCCUAACCCUUAACCAUGAACUUCCUGUUGACUGACUUUUAACCCCUCACCCUACGGACUCUCCUCUCCCUCCUUGACUUCUUCUUGCUCUGAGGUGGAGAGGCGAAGAAAAGUUCACCGUAGCUAGAAGCUACUUUGAAGCCUGUGAGGACAAAAGGAAAGCAAAACAGAGUUGGACAGUCCAAAUCAAUAACCUGGAUAAGCGUUAACACAAUCUCAACCCUCGUUUUAUCUCUAUAAUCAUUUAGGAUUCUAAUGUCAUUUUAUUCUGUUGAGAACCUGAAUUGUAAACAGGCCAUGGGUUGCUUAAGACCUCCAAGAGAAGAGAAAUCAAAAGAUUUUAAUUCAAAAAUUGUAGCUUCUGGCAUUGGAGCACUUAUGUAACUACAUUUGCUUUUUGAGUCUGUAAAUGAUUUAUAUGCUUUAUUUUUAGAUUUUGUAAUGACAGUUUAUCACAAAAGAGGCAUAGAAAAUAAGAGUUACUGAAGGGACAAAUUUAUACUUUAUGCAGCACUUCACGCAUUUUAUUUUUAAUGCAAUGUGUUUUUUAGCGUUUAGUUCUAGUCACUAUCUAUAGGUGUACAACUUACCAUGAUCAGUUUGCAGGUCCUGUCUGUUGUCCGUGUGUUCUACUGUUACAGCUGCAAGGGGAAUAUCUGUUAUAAAUGCCACAGGAGAUAACAGGCAAGUCUUUUCAGAAAAGAGAUCAACUGCCGGACUGUCACUUCACCGCACACUGUACUAUACUGUAGUUCACAUCCGGGGUAAGACCUUAUCGAAAUCACUUCAUCUAUUCUGUCAGCUUGCACACAUGCAUGCCAGAUGUGUGACUGUGGAAGCUCCUGAUUCCACUGGACCCGUCACACAGAUUUGAACGCCAAUUACGCAAAGUGUUUGGUAGGUUUUUUUUUCCACAUUUUUUGAUACAAGCCACUUGUGAAUAUGCACCUUAUUGCAGAUGAACUUAUGCAAUCACAGUCAACAGAUGGUGUGCCAUGUUAGAGCUGUGAGUCUGCUGCCUGAACCAAGGAAACUAGACACUACAUAUGAUAAAGGUCUUCUUAUAAUCCUUCACGGCCUUAACGCUCAGCUUUUUUUUUUCCCUCAAUGCAUGCAUUUCUAAAAAUUUUGUCGGCCUGACAAACUGUUGACGGGGUGCUAAAAUAUUCCACGUGACACUGUGUUUGUGAUUGCAUCGCUGGUCGUUUUUAACAAAGCAAGAGUUUCAGGAGUUUGUUUUAUUGUUUAUUGUGAUGCUUUUGAGAAAUCAUUCACAAAUCGUUUUUUUGUACUGUGCACACUGAAGUACUGUGCGCUUGCUUAACUUGCAAUGGUUAAAAUCAGAGAGUCCUAACACGACAUCGACAGCUUUUUGUAGCAUGAAUUUUCAUGGAUUGAAAGACAAUACGGCAUUUUCUAUCCUUUUCCUCAUGUGUGAGUGUGUGUGUGUGAGUGUACGCGCGUAUGCAUCUGUAUUUGGAUAAAAGAAGCAGUUCAUGUAAUGUGAAAUCGCCAUGACACAAUCUGUUGAUGAGGGGACUUUUGAGAUCAGUGCUGCCAGUGACUUGAGCCCUCAUCAGGCCAUCUCCCCCAAGCAUAACACACACAGGUUGAUGAUUUGCUGCUUUAGUUUACUCUUGUCCUGAGUCCUUGCUGCUUCUUCCGCUUAUUGUAAAGUCGAACUCCUAAAACAAAAAAACACACUGCCUCAUUUAGAUAUUCCCUCAAGAGGACGGAUUACAGUUCCUGUUUUGUUUCAUAAACCUUUGGACCACUUACCUCCUGAGAUUACAUGUUCUGUUGAACAAUUAAAGUAGUGAACAGAUGUGGAGCAGGGAUGUAACAACUGACUAUUCAAGUUACACUCUGUGGUUUUAUGCAUAGCAGAAUGGACAGCAGAGAUGGGAAUUGAGACCAAGUAAGGAAAUGCCCUCAUACCACUUAAGACAAUGAACUAGCAUGGUAUUACUGUGGCAUUCUCAUCUGUCAGUGCUCUACUUGGCUUUCAAUGCCAUGAUUCUCUUGGCUUUUGUGUCAUGAAUGCUUUAGGACUUAAAAGCUACACUUACCUCACUGCUGGGUGUAGUUUUUCGGUGCUAAUGUUAUAGGAUGAUCCGUUUUGAAUAGCAAAGUACAUCUAUACCUCAGUAAUUCAGUUGGACAUGAUGGCAUUCUUAACUUCAUGUUUUCACGGUUCAUAUUAGAUGUGGUUUGUUUUUGCAGUCAGAACUGGGUUUCAGAGCCACAAAGCUGCUACCGUGCAGCAGUGUCAGCUGCCAAAAGCCUGUUCUCAAUCAACAUUGCUUCCUCCAAAACCUCACUAGUGUUUCCUUAGGUACCACAUGGAAAAUAAUUUGCAGUUUUGCUCAACUGAUUUGACACUUUUCUCCAAACUAAGGUCCAUGCUCUCAAACACAGUCAAUGAAGCCAUCAAAAGUCACAUUUGAAAAUGUGACUGUGCUGUACAUUUUCAUUAUGUAUAUACAUCAUCAUUUGUCCAUGCAGAAUGCUUCAAAUAAAGGUCCGUGGUCCUAAACUCAUUUUCACUAGCUUCGCUCAAAUCACAAACCUCCAUCAUAAAUAAACAAGGAAUUGACUAAUAAAGUCAUUGCUUAAAACAAUGUAACUUUUUCAUGACAGCUAUGACUAGCUAGUAUUUCCAGAAUUCAGUGGAACAGAUGAACAGAUGACUGUAAAUGAAAAUGCUGCAUCAACAAAUUAUGCAUAAAUUUUGCAAUCACAGAAAAAGGGACUGUGUAACUUUCUAAUAUUCAGCUCUAUGUGCAGAUAUAGCCUGGAAUAUUAUCUAUUCAAUAUAUCACAUGUAACUUUCAUGUCAAUAUUUGGUUUCUAUGAAAAUUUUAUCAUAAGUUUGCUAUGGAUUUGGACUAUUUCCAUGGCUAUAAUAACAGUUCUGAGAGCCUGAAACUUAGGAAAAAUAUGUCAAAUCACUUGAGAGGAACUGUGAAACAUGCACACCCCAUAAGGGAAGGGGUCAAAAUCUAACAGUUGAUAUAAUCAACUUUAAGAUCUAUCCUUCCUUGUUUGUCUUGCGGGUUCCUCUGCUCCAUUGUUCUCAACCUUCUCCUUUCUUCCUCUGUUACCUCGUUCUCCACUUGGGCCAAUUUUCAACAGCUUCUCCUUGCCAUAUACCCCCAGCCCAUUUCCCCAGGACUGAGCAGCUGGUAUCAUCUUUCCUCAUUAAAAGGAUCAUUAUGUUUUUAUUAUUUUUUUUUUUUGCAUGUUGUUGCCCAUUCACUGCACUGCAUGCAUGCUUUAUAACAUGAAGAGGUAUGGUACAAUUGGAAAGAUAGUGGGUAAUAAUCUUAAAGUAUGUGUGCAGCGUAGUAAACCGGCUAAGUCGUUUAACAAAAUAAUGUCCCUUUACAGGUAAACUUGGCUUUAGAAGUCCAGUUGAAGUUUUAAAGAGUGCAAAGUAAAAUAUCACCGAAAACAGAGAGAUACCAUCUCUGAAGUUUUUUGUGACGAGUGAAUGAAGAAGUGGUUGUAAUUAGUUACAACAGCAGGCAUUAAGUGACAUAAUGCACUCUCUGGUGGCCAUAUUGGAGGUCGUCAGUUUUUGGACAACAGUAGCUGUUAGCAGCUGUUAACCACUUUAAAAAAUAUCUCUCAACACAGCUCAGCAGAUAUAUUAUAGAUAUAUUACAGCUGCUGACAGUGAACUGACUGUUUCCCCACUUCCACAAAGUUGUACCAGUUUUGUGUUCUUUACUCACUGUGAAACAAAACAAAACAAAACAGAAAAAAUUAAAAUAUUUAAUUGCCUCUUACAGGUGAUACGUUAGACAUGGUUUUUGCUAAAACAAAUGAGUCUUUACCAUGAAUAUUCAACUCAGUUUUGAAUUCAGCUUAAUCACUAAUGUUGGCUAACGUUAGAUACCGACUAGUUUCACCACUGAAACUUCAGUGGGCGUGAUUUCUGUUCACUAAUGAAAUAAAUAACGUCUAAUAUAACUCCUAUGUGAAAUUCACCCAGUUUCAUAGCCUCUGACAAUGUGUUUGGCGGUGAAUAUUGUAGAUGAAAAUACUUGCUAUUAGCAUUAGCUGGUUGUCGCAUGUCAGCGUUAACACUGGCUGCUUUGCUAGCAACCCUGACUGAGCUGACUGUUGUCAAGAUACAGCUGUGAUUUUAUGUAGAUUAUGACUAAAGACAUGAGUUUAUUUUCUCACUGUUACCUACGUUUGGAGACAGUUAUACCUUAUUACUGUCAAGCACCUUCAGCCUGCAACACGACAGUCUUUUCAGGUAUCUCUGUAUUUUAUCCCAGUUGUUCUGUAUUUAUCUUUAAUUUGUGCUCUCCACUGGACCUCCAUGGUGGCACCAGACAUGGUUGCUAAGAGAUUUGUGCCACAACUGCAAAGCCUCUAUGGCAACAGGACACUGUCUAGUCUCUUGUUGCCUCUUUUUUAUAUGCAUCAUCAGUGCUGGGUCUGUCAUAAUGGCCUCCUCACUUGAUCUCACCUCUGAGUCAGCCUCACCCAUGAGUCAUCACUGUUACUGUAGACCCACAUAGAGAAAACGGACAUGCACCAAGAUGUGUACGCAGUGUUCUUGGUGAUGAUUAACUACCAAUUAACCGCAAAUUGUCUUCUGCGUUAUGACAGAGAACUACUGGAAAACUGUAGAGUUAGUGUUUCUGUUCUGAGUAAAAUAAUAUUUGGUAAUGUAAGAGGUGAGUGAUUGAUGGGUGGUUGCAUGGUGUCUGCUGAACCAGUGUUUGGCUGCCAAAGUCUCGCUCUCUAUGCAGCAUUGCUGGGCUCGUGGUCCCCUUGGUGUGACCACUUUAUAUGAUCAAGCUUUCUAAAACGUCUAAUGAGAAACUCAAACGGAUCAGUGCUUACUUGAAUGUCAAGUUUGCAUUUAUCUCCUAGUUGUAGCACUCGAAGCUGGAGCGCCUGCGGUGGUCUCAAGAAGAUCUUAAGCUACAGAAGCUCCCCCUUGUUUGUUACCUAAUCUGUGAAAUAGAAACCAUACCACUUGUUUUUAGAAUUUGUAAGAUUUUUCCUAUUUUUUUUUUUUUUCUAACAGGUCGAAAGAUUUUGGAGAAUUGUUGGAAUUUUAGAUCCGUUUUUACCAAUCAAUCAAACUGGUCAAUACUCCAUUAGACUUGGUUUUCUUUAGUUGGUGCAUGCCAGUGACACAGGCAGGUCAAAGCCACAGAGGCAGAGAUUCAGGGCACCAGGGUUUUGUUAGUUACAUGCCGCUAAGCGUAGGCUUACGUAAAAAAUUCAAAUCAACAUUUAUGGGCGAUCUAACCUUGUAACAUUAAGUUUUAUUCUGCGGGAUGCCAUUGCUCCGCUCCUCUGACCUCAGUCCCAUCUUACUGUUUAAAUCAUCUGCUUUUCUUCAGCCUGGAACCAUGCACACAAUAUCUGGAACAUAAUCUCCCUGUUUACAGGGUAACUGAAGGUCUAUAAAUUAUGAAGCCGAAUCAUGCAAAGGUCAGCAAUUCAUGGGCUGACGUGGAUAAUGUCCAACAUGUAUGCUCGCACUGUUGCUGGCCCCGCAGUCAUCAGAUUUCAUUUUUUUUUUUUUUUUUGUUAUGGAAAUAAAACAAUUCUUUAUUGUCGUUGCCUGGACUUUAAAUAAUUUAUAGACCUUGAAAUAGUCAUGCACCAUAUGUUCUAGAAACUCUCCUCUGUAAGACCGCAUUAUUCAUAUGUUUUUAGAGUAUAUACUCUCCAUGUUUUUAUGUUAUUAAUUAUGCUUAUGAGUAGGCGACAUGAAUAUUGUCUUUUUUCAUAUCCUCAAAUAUUCAGACUUUUCUAGAACUGCUGGUGAUCUAUAUUCAUGUUUAUAUUUCUGUAUGGACCCAGGCCAGCACUUUCCUAGAGCCUUAGUUAUUGAAAUAGAUAUGUGGAGCUCUGUUAAUACCAUGUCACCUCAACUCUCUCUCUCUCUCUAACCUUCAAUAAGGUUGCUGCAUUUUAAACUCUGUUGCCUCUCCUGACUUCCUACAACUAUCAGCCUCUUUUUUUUCCAUCACCCUCAACCCUUUUAUAUAGCUACAUAUUCUUUUUUUCUUUUUUUUUUUUUUAGUCCUUCAACGAAACGUUCUAACAAGGCUAGUGACAUCACGAGAUUUGAAAUUAAGUUAUGCUGCUAGAAAAUAUGUAAUUUCUGUGUUUUUGGUGAAGUUAUUUUGAAUCUGUAUCAAAACAAACAUUUUUUAUUAAACCAACAAUAAAGGUGUAAUAUGAUAAUAACAA